UUUAGUUUUUAAUGGAUAUUAAAACAUUCAGUAUAAUUUUAAUGGUUUUGUUUCCAUAUUCGUGUCGUAAAAGUGAUUACAAAAGGAUAAUAUUCAGAGAAGAUGUGAAAGAAAGAAUGAAACAAAAUUUUUUGAUAGCAUUGAAUACAAGUAAAGCAGAUGUAGUUGAGUUGUAUACUAAAAUGCUUGAGGAACACAAGAAUCAACACCUUAUUCGACUUCAACCUGAAAAUAAAGUUGGACAAUAUCAAGUUAUUGAGAUAGAAAACAACAGGAAAACAUCUGUCAAGCUUACAACAUUGUCAAAACGUCGUCCUUUGAUUUUUCAGAUAGAUAAUUUCUUAUUUGAUGAUGAGUGUGAUUAUAUUAAAGAAUUAGCUGAAGCUAAAGGUUUUAUAAAAAGUAAAACGAUAGGAGAUUUUGAAGAGGAGCUUGCGACAGAACCUACAGCGUAUGAUCUUUUAGGAGAUAUACCUUUUCCAGCCUGGGAUAACAAUAAUGAUUCAUUUAUAGACCAUUUAGAGCUUCAAUCUGCAUUAAAAAAAAGUUUUGAUGUUCGCUUAGGAUCAGUGAUGAUCAACGAAAUAAUGAAGAAAACAUUUAUGGAUUUUAAUUCAAAUGGACUAAUAGAGGAUUGGGAAUGGAACAUGAAAAACAUAACUACAUUAGUUUUAAUGUUGAAGGAAGCAAAAAGAGUUAGCCCGUCUUCAUCGGCUAGAUUUAGUGAGUCACAGUGGCUCUCGUAUGUAAAUGAUAGCAUUCUUUUAUCAAUACAAGAUAGAUUGCACAAAGUUACCAAACUUCCAUUGGAAAUGAUAAAAAAUAGUGAAGCUUUACAAGUAGUCAAAUAUCAACCUGGUGGUCAUUAUGAUUGUCAUUUAGAUAGUGAUCCACAAUAUUUUUCAGAUAGUGCUAAUACAUGUUGUCAUACUCUUUUUGCUGAUAGUGGUUCUGAUGAGAGUGAUUUAUGUUCACCAUGUAGAUUCAUGACUGUGUUGUACUUCUUAGAAGACACAAAAAAUGGUGGUGAAACAGCUUUUCCUGUUGCUGGGCUUGAUCCCUAUUUAAAUGAUUUGACAUCUGAUAUCAGUUUUGAAGAUAAGUGUGACCUGUCAAUCUAUUGCUCAACUGCAAAGAUUGUUGUGAAACCACAGAAAGGUCGUGCAAUUCUAUGGUAUAAUCACUUUAUCAAUCCUGACACAGAAUGGACUGGUGCUGUAGAUCGGAACAGUCUACAUGGUGGUUGUGCAGUUAAAGAAGGUCACAAGUGGAUUGCUAAUAACUGGAUAAAUGCAGGUCAACUCAAAGAGCACGAUAUAUUGAGCUGGACAAAAAAACAGUUUCUAGCCAAUAUUGAAGAAAGUGAAAAAAACUCGUAGUUAGAAGGUUCAAUAACAUUUUAUUGUUUUAGAGGAAUAAAUUUAUACAUACACUC